AUGUCCUCUGGUGACCAUGGUGAUAAGUUUGUCUUGCAUUGGCUUGACCAGUCAAGAGCACAUAGAAUUCUAUGGCUAUUAGAUCUUUUAGGGUUAAAAUAUGAAAUCAAAACUUACCUACGUCAUCCAACAACCUGGAGAGGUCCAUCUUCAUUAUUGAAGGUUCAUCCUUCGGGAAAAUCUCCAAUAUUGGAAAUCAUGUUUGGCGAUGGGAGAGAAUCGUUAAAGUUGGCCGAAAGUGGAUUUAUAAUACAGUAUUUGUUGAAGAAUUACGAUCAUGACAACUUAUUGACUCCCGUGGACCCGAAUUUACAACUCAAGGUGGAUUAUUAUUUGCAUUAUACUGAGGGAACUCUACAACAUAUCACGAUAGCGUUGUUAAUCAAUUCUGUAGCGAAGAGUAUAGCCCCACUCGGAACAAAAAGUGUGGUUAAGCUAGUGACCAAAGGAAUCAAUAAUGGCUAUUAUGUUCACGAAUGGAGGUUGAAUAUGCAAUAUUUGGAAGACCAACUAGAAAGGGAGGGGACAGGUUAUUUUGUCGGGGACAGGUUAUCUGGGGCAGAUAUUAUCCUAAGCUUCCCAAUCUACGAGAACGUUUUUGAUAACGAAGUGCAGAUAAAGGAUAUUACGGGGGAAAAGGGUGAUUUGUAUAAGAAAUACCCACAUCUUGCUGCAUGGUGUGAUAAAAUUAGAAAUAACCCCCUGUACAUUAAGAUAACCGAAAUGAUGGAUGGAAAGGUAGAUAAUUACAUGCGUAGGUCGUCUACCUCGAGUAAGUGA